AUGCGUCUGCUGGCUCCUGCCUUUUGUCCCGCAAAAGACAGGAGCCAGCAGCGGGAGCCUCGUUGCUGGCCUCCUGCCUGGAGGCAGUCGCCCUCCUCUCCCUUAAAACAGGGCUUCGAGCUCCUGAGUCAGCUUCUGGUGCAAGCAGCUCCUCAACAAGUGGCUGAGGACAAAUUUGUCUUUGACUUACCGGACUAUGAAAACAUCAACCACGUUGUGGUGUUUAUGUUGGGAACUCUGCCAUUUCCCGAAGGAAUGGGAGGAUCUGUCUAUUUUUGUUAUCCGGACCAGAGUGGGAUGGCAGUGUGGCAGCUGCUUGGGUUUGUCACUAAUGAGAAGCCGAGUGCCAUCUUCAAAAUUUCUGGUCUCAAGUCUGGGAAAGGAAGCCAACACCCCUUUGGUGCCAUGAACCUCCCUCAGACGCCAACGGUAGCCCAGAUUGGAAUCUCAGUGGAACUGCUGGAGAGUUUGGCCCAACAGACUCCUGUUGCAAACGCUGCUGUAUCAUCUGUAGAUUCAUUCACUGAGUUCACUCAGAAGAUGUUGGAUAACUUCUAUAAUUUUGCUUCAUCAUUUGCUGUUACUCAGGCGCAGAUGACUCCAAAUCCUUCUGAAGCCUUCAUUCCUGCAAAUGUAGUUCUGAAAUGGUAUGAGAACUUCCAGAGACGUUUGACACAGAACCCUCUCUUUUGGAAAACAUAAACUUAAAUCACAGCAUUUGAAGUGCUUUCUGAAGAGUGUUAUCUGAAAGAUGCAGCAAAUAUCUCCACUAAAAAAUCUGGGGGGGGAAAAACGAUUAGUCUGAAUAGACCACCUUGUAGCUUUUAUAAUACUCUUGAAAAUUAUUUAAAACUAAAAUCCAUGAAAACUACUUGUCUACACUUUUUUUCUUUUAAAUUGAAAUACAAGAACAAGAAGUAGGUGGUGCAUAUGCGUAUUUAGAAAUACUCUUUUGCAACUGUAUUUAAAAUGGAAGGCAUUAAAAGAUGAAAGAUGCGAA